AUGGCUUCCAAAACCCCCAAUGAUGAUACGCCCAAGACGGAUAACGUCAAUGUAUCUGGAAAAGCCAACGGCUCCUCCGGUGCUAACGGAACCGCGAACGGCAUCGCAUUAGAAAACUCUGGCGAAGGAUCUGAUGACGAUCCAGACGAACAUAUCAUUGAAACAACUGCUGGUGCUGAUGAAGCCGGUGCCAAGAAAAAGAAAAACAAGAAGAAGAAGCCUAAGAAGAAGAAGAAGGCCCCGACUGCCCAGACUGAUCCCCCAUCAGUCCUCAUGUCCCAAUUAUUUCCAAACAACACCUACCCCAAAGGUGAAGAAGUCGAAUACAAGAAUGAGAAUCUGUAUCGCACUACCGACGAAGAGAAGCGCCAUCUCGAUAACAUGAAUAGCGACUUCCUCUCUGAUUACCGCCAGGCGGCUGAGACUCAUCGUCAGGUCCGCCAGUGGGCGCAGAAAAACAUCAUGCCAGGUCAGACGCUCACCGACAUUGCUAAUGGCAUUGAGGAUAGUGUACGUCGUCUAGUAGGCCAUGAUGGCUUAACUGAAGGCGAUGCCAUGAAUGCCGGCAUGGGUUUCCCGACUGGUUUGAACCUCGACGAGAUUGCUGCCCAUUUCAGCCCAAAUGCAGGCAAUAAGACUGUACUUCAAUAUAGCAACGUAAUGAAGGUUGACAUCGGCGUCCAUGUAAAUGGUCGUAUCGUCGACAGCGCCUUCACGAUGUCAUUCGAUCCUAUGUAUGACAACCUCCUCGCAGCCGUAAAGGACGCGACAAAUACCGGGGUGCGCGAAGCAGGCAUCGAUGUGCGCCUUGGAGAGCUAGGUGGGCUCAUCCAGGAGACUAUGGAGAGCUACGAAUGUGAGAUCAAUGGGACUACCUACCCAAUCAAACCGAUCCGCAACCUAGCCGGCCAUAAUAUCUUGCCGUACAGUAUCCACGGCACCAAGAGUGUUCCCCUCGUAAAGACGAACGACACUACCAAGAUGGAAGAAGGCGAUGUCUUUGCUAUCGAGACCUUCGGCACCACUGGUACUGGCCACGUUGAUGAUAGGGGUGAAAUCUCGCAUUACGCCCUACGUAAGGAUGCGCCAGAGGUGGACCUGCGUCUCUCCUCAGCCAAAUCGCUUUUGAAAACUAUUCAGAAGAACUUUGGCACAAUUCCCUUCUGUCGACGCUAUUUAGACAGGCUUGGGCAGGAGAAGUAUCUACUCGGUCUAAACAAUCUCGUCAAAUCCGGCAUUGUUGAAGAUUACCCGCCUCUGUAUGACAAGAAAGGGUCAUACACGGCGCAAUUUGAGCAUACGAUCCUCCUCAGACCUACCGUAAAGGAGGUCAUUAGUCGUGGCGAUGACUACUGA